AUGACAUCUCCAGAAGGUUUCUCUAUUAGAAGAACCAGAAAAGAAGAUUAUGAAGGUGUUCUAUCUACCUUGAAGAGUUUGACUACGGUAGGGACUAUUUCCAGGUCUCAUUUUGAGUCCAUUGUUAGCUAUUGGGACUCUAUCAGGUUAUUAAAUGCUAGGAAACAAGAAGGUGGUGAGCUCGGUUACAAAUAUAAUAAUUUUGUCAUUGUCGAUGAUCAUAAUGGACAAGUAGCCGCCACUGGGAAUAUUAUAAUUGAACAGAAAUUGAUUCAUGAAUGUGGUCUAGUUGGACACAUUGAGGAUAUUUCAGUUUCUGAGAAGUACCAGGGAAAAAAAUUGGGAAAAUUCUUAAUUGACAAAUUGACUAGUGUUGGGUUCGCUAAUGGAUGUUAUAAGAUAAUUUUAGAUUGUGAUCGUAAAAAUGUCAAGUUCUAUGAGAAAUGUGGAUACGAAGAAGCAGGUGUCGAGAUGAGAAUCAGAUCCAAUCUCUAA